AUGAGCAUGAUCAUCACAAACAUAUUUUUCGACCACGGAGGUCAUUAUGCAGAAGAGGAACUGAAAUGGGUUUCAAAGAAUCCCACUUGCGCUAUAACAUUCAAGAUCUCAUCUUUGGAGGAGAUUACGUACUCGGCGGUUGUGGAUAAGAUAUGCAGGAAGAUUGCAAGAGAUGGAGCUAAGCCGCUGCUGAAAUUGAGUUACAUUCCAAUGUCAAAUAAUCCUGCGAGAGAGAUGUACAUUUUUGAUGAUGAAGACCUAUUUGCUUAUCUAACGACAAUUGAUAAUCUGGGAUUUAGGAGGAUUUUGCAUGUGGAGGUAACCAAGAACACGAACAGAGCAAAUCAUAGGAGCGACCACCUGUCUAGAACGGAUGCAGAAAGUUCAUUUGGUUUGAAUUACGAGGAGGAGUCGGUUCCAAAUGACAGAGGUGAUGGUGUCGUUACCAUAUUCAGAGAGCCACAUGUUGAGGAGCCAGAGCCACAUAUUGAAGAGCCACAUAUCGAAGAGGUUGAGUCUGAUGGUAAAGAAGAGGAUGGCAACGAGAAGCGUCCAGAACCAGAUAGUAAGGAAGAUGGGUUAAACUUCUUUGAUGAGGAUUUUGAGCUUUCACGUCCUGUAGAAGAAAUUAAGUUGGCUGAAGAAUGGGAAGAUGGUAUUGGUCUUGAAAUAAAACAAGAAUUUCCAUCAAAGGAGGCAUUGCAAGAUUUGGUUGACAGAGCUUCACACAAGCAUUGUUUUGGUGUCCGCACUUACAAGUCUGACACUGGCCGACUUAUCCUAAGGUGCACUCAGAAGAGCGGAGGCUGUAAUUGGUAUAUAUAUGCUGCGAGGAAAGGUGGAUCAGAUUUUUUCAGUGUCCGAAAAUACUGGAACAAGCACAACUGCUCACGGGCUGUUGAAAGUAGUAACAGCUCUCGAAGGAGAGGCAACCCACGAUUAGUGGCAUCGGUUUUGCAUGAAGACUAUCCAGGUCAGUUUGACACACCAGUUCCAAAAACAAUUGUCGAUGUUGUUCACCGUAGACUUGGUGUGAAUGUGUCAUACUCAACGGCUUGA